AAUUUUCAAUCGACCAGAAAUGAGAGAUUUGUUGCCGGUAGAUCGUCUGAUGAACCGUAUGCUAUACGAUACCAUAAGGGAUAUGGAUCGUUUCGAAAGGAAGCAUUUUCCCUUAUUGGAGAGAAGCUGAUCAUUCCGUGCUUCAUGUGGCAAACGAAACCCAGCAGAUCAUUCACCCGCAAAUGGUUGCUGCCUGAGAAUGUCGACCUGGAGGCAAUUCGUACUCAGCUCGACGACAAGGGUCAUUUAUCCGUGGAAGCGCCAAAGAGUAUCGAGGGUCAGACGCAGAAAAGAUCCAUCCCCAUCAUGGCCGCUCCCAAGAACUGA